GAAGAAAAAGAAAAAGAAGAAGAAACGGUUAUGUGAUGUCAACUUUCAGAGGAGGGUAAAUAGUAAAGAAAUGUGGAACCGAAGCGGUCGGAGCUCGGCUCUGGACCGAGCUGAGGCGUUGCUGUCGGCCAAGAGGAGAAAAGGAGACGGACGGAGCUCCACACUGCUGGACGGCUCGGCCAAAACACAGGGGUCCUUGGUUGGGUCCUUCAAAACGAGAUCAGCUCUCCCAAACACCCACACUUGGUUCUCCGAUGUGCCUGAUCUGUCCUCAGACAGCACAGCCUCUGCACAUGGAGCUGAAGACGACAGAGCUGCUGAGGCUAAAGAACAACAUGGAACAAAGACGGAGUCGAGCAAGGAUAUCAGGCCACAGCGUUCACCAGGAGGAGGGAGCAAGUUCUUAAAGAAGGCUCCAAAACCAACUGAAAGCAGCCGAUCACCUGUCAGCAGGAACCAAACGCAUCAGAGACUAGAACCAAGAUACACGUCAUCUUUGAUCGGCGGCUCUCAGGCUGCAGCUUUGAACAGACUCUCUGAAAUUGAGAAACAUGUCAGUAGACACAAGCAGAUCCUUGAAGAGACUCGACAGCCCAUAAAAGCUGCUCCAAAUCUGGCCUCAGAGUCGAGAAUGUUGGAAACCGCAGCCACCACAUCCACAGAGGCCUCUGAGCAGCUGUCGGCACACUCCAGCAGUGACCAGAGCCAGAAGAAGAGGUUCCUCAAAAAGAAAGCUGCUGAAUGCACCAACCCUGCUGCAGCAGCCCUCAUCAGCUCUGAUGGCGGUGGACUGUCCAGAACCAGAUCUACUUAUCCUGUGGUCUUGAAAACGAAGUCUGUAAGAGUAAAGAGUGCUGUGAGUCUGGAAAGUGAUGAAGAAGACAUGAAGAUACUGCUUGGAGACUCAGUAGAUUCAACGGACGGCAGAACCUCUGGAUCAAAGAGAACACUGCCUAAAAAGUGCUUAGAGAAGGAGCUAAACAGUCCCAGUCAGAGGGUUCAAAGUCCAGGUCCUGCUACAGCUGGCCACCCUGACACAUCACCACCUCCCUCCACUGCCUCUCCUUCACGUCCCAGUUCUCCUUUUCGAUUCGCAGGCCAGGCCCAGGUCCACUUCAGCCCCACUGUGCGCUCCCCAUCACCCUCUCCUCUCCAGGUCUCCCCUUCACUUUCAAAAGGGACGAGCUCUCCUCUUCAAGCGGGGAGUCCACACGAGUCCUUGUUGUUUUUGUCAGGACAGGGAGAGGUGUUUUCUCUGGAGGAGCUCGACCCGGCGAGGCCUGCCUCCGAGGAUACGCUCAGUCAGAUGGGCUCGGUUUCUUCCUCGGACUUUAACAUCAACUUAAUGACACUAGACGAGCCCCUUGCUGCACGUGCUGCCUUCACUUCAGAAACAUUUGGAAAUAAGCCGAGUCCGAGCAAACAUGUCCGCCCUGUUUCUGGAUCACAACCUGAACACCAGCAGGAGGAGCAGGGGGAGGACAUGCUGCACUACCAAAGUGAUUUUGAGAGUGAUUCCAGCAUCGGGGAGGUUUCAGAGCACACACGAGGGGAUGGAGAUGAAGACGAGGUGCCGUCAGAGGUUGCGUCUCCUUCAGAUGGAUCUCAGGAAAGAACCAAAGACGAUCAUACUGUAUCAGACUCGAGCUGCUCCAGCUUUUCACAGACCUCAAAUCACAAUCACAGGAAGUCCCGCUUCCAUCGCCCAUCAAGGACUCCGACUUCAGCCAGGAAGGCUUUAAAAGACGCAGCUUCCCAGACUCAGCCUGCUCCACCAGCUCACUCUGCUCGUCUUUCUCCAGGUGCGGCUACUCUGGACCUUGCGUUGAGCCAGCUCUACCUGACCCCCCCAUCUGUGGUCACUCACACCAUCAGUCCAGAGAGACUGGAAGCUCUCAGCAGCUUCAGUCCAGUUCUGUUAGCUCUGAAUGAAAUGCUGAAACAACAGCUGAACAUGACGAGGAGGGUGAUCAACCAAAGUGACCACCUUCACUCCCGUCUGCUGCAAAGCCUGGACCCUCCAAACUACAAGUACACCACCCUGGAGGACACCAUCCAGAAUUUCCACAGGCACAGAACCCACAAACCUUGACUGUGGAACGACUUGGAGAUGUUCGAGCAGAUGAGGGACGGACAGCCGCUGCAGAGAACGACUCGUGU